AUGCCGCCCCAGGGGAAACGCCUCGUGGUAUGUCUCGAUGGCACAUGGGUCAACAGCGAUCAGGGUUAUAAUCGCCCCACCGUUCAUGACCCAAAUUACACUCUCCAAGUACCUUCCAACGUGACUCGGCUCUAUCGCGCACUGCGAAAGAAGGGUCUAGAUGGAAUGAGCCAAGUUGUAUACUAUCACCCCGGCGUCGGUUCCUCUGGGUCUCUCUCGGAUGAAAUUGCGGGAGGAGUCUUUGGUGCUGGGGUUGGCGAGAAUAUUAGAGAAGCUUACAGCUUCAUCGCAACAAAUUAUGAGCCUGGCGAUGAGAUCAUGCUCAUCGGAUUCUCCCGGGGUGCAUUUACUGCUCGUAGCGUGGCUGGACUAAUCACUGAGAUCGGUCUACUCACAUCCAGAGGAAUGGAAUAUCUUUAUCCUAUAUUCAAGGAUACAGAAAACUUCAGGAACCUUGACUACAAGGACAAGUUUCCCACAAUACCAUUCCCUAACAAGCCCCUUGACCAAAGAGAAUACAAGUUGCGCCUUGAGGAUGUUUGUGUCCCUCUGAGGGACUCACCCGCCUUUAUGAUCCUGAUGGUCACCGCAUCAAGGUCCGCUGCGUCGCAGUCUUUGAAACAGUUGGAAGUCUGGGCAUUCCAGAUACAAAUCUAUCCAAUUCGCUCAAAAUUCCUCGCUCCACCAAAGAAUAAGUAUGAAGUUCGCACAUCAUUCGCCCCGGCCGUUUGGGAACGACCGCGCGGUGUCCAUACCGAUCUUCGACAAGUCUGGUUUUGCGGCGCCCACUCCAAUGUCGGUGGUGGUCUGCCAGAUCAAGAGCUCGCCAACGUCUCCAUGGCCUGGAUGAUGGACCAACUGGCUGACCUUGGCGUAUCCUUUGAGGAGGAUACAAUCGAUAGGAUUUUCCGAGAGAGCGUCUUAUACUAUUACGACCAAGAUCAAGACGGAAGACAGACCAAUGACAGUCCCAAACACGAUCGGUGGAAACAAUGGGCAGUUGAUUCCAUCUACGAGGAGCAUAGACCCGUACGGCCGUGGGGUCUGGGUGAGAUGAUUCAACCUGAUAUCGGAUUCUACAAGCUGGCCGGCAAAACAACGCGCACGCCAGGCAUGUAUCGUCGUACAGAUCCGGAUACUGCACUUCCAACGAGAGAAUAUUUGGAACAUACGAAUGAGCGCAUCCAUCGAUCUGUACGGAUUCGACUCGCCCUCGAGGGAUUAAACUACGAUGACGUCGGGUUGUACAAAUGCCGUGCCCUCCUGAGGAAAGGACCGUGGCUACUUCAGAAAGCGCGGGUUCGGACUCGCAGAGAGAUACGUGAUCGAGACUCUUAUGGGGACGAAGAGGACGAUAUUCAAUUUAAGGAGGAAUAUCGGUGGGAAUGGGUGUAUGAUGGACCUCCAGAGGAGACGCCUGCAAGUGUGAUCAUGCCGGAAGAGGCAUUGGGUCCAUAUGAGAAGAAGCUUCUUGGCAUGAACAAGGGUACAUCGCUGUCUGUAGGUCGGCCAUUCUACAGAGCAAUCUUGAGAGAAAACAGACGGUGA